AGAGAGGAAAAUAAACCAGAUCCUGCCUCCCUCCCAGCUACAACACACACACACACACACACACACACACACACACACAGAUACAGACACACACCAGCCUCGUCAGUGUAGCGUCAGUCACCACGGAGGAAGGAGGGGAUCCGCACGCAUUCUCUCUCCCUCCGCCCGUGAGAGAGAGAGAGAGAAAUACACACACACACACAGAGAAAGCUAGAAAUUAAAAGUGAGAUUAGCAAGAAAACUGAGAGGCAAUUAAAGAGAGUGAAAUGCAAUCUUCUAUAACACUUUGUAACUCUAAUAAAGAGAGUGAAGCAGAGAAAGAGAGAAAGAAAAACAGAAGAGGGAUUUUUUUACUUUACCAAUGCAGUGAAUGAAUUAACGAGAAAAAAAAAUUGUUGUUAUUUUCACCGCAAGGACUCGAGUGAAAAUAUCUGGUUUAUUAUUAUUACUAUUAUUAUUUUUUUUUUUUACGUUUUUCUUAACUUCUCCGUGGAUUUUGUCACUAUAAGGCGCCAUGGUGAAGUACGAGGACGAGACGUACAGCUUCCGACUGGUGGCGGCGGCGGAGGACGGGCGCGGCACGCUGAGUGACUGCGGUUCCACGGUGUCCUCCAAGCAGCGCAUCGACUCGCUCUUCAGGGACCGCCGCCCUCGCCACGCCCUCGCGCCCACGCCGCCCCUCCAUCCGGUGCGGGCGGAACUGGAGCGUAUGUUCGGGGGGCGCGACCAGCGUCAGCGCGCCUUCCAGGACGUGCGCGCCACCGUGCAGGCGCAGAUUGAGCGGCUCUUUGCCGACGCCUCCAGUGAACCGCUGCUGCCCCGCAAGGACAAGGCACCGCUGCCCCAACUGUCGGCCGCUGCCCCCGCCCGCGCCCCGCCCCCUGCAGCCCCUCCAGGCCCUGACGUCACACGCCGCCAUUGUGGCCGACCCUCCCUCGCCCUUCCACACUCCCUCACUCUCCCCCUCCCCCAUCCCCACCGCCACAGACCCCCUCCCCGCCUCCCCAUACGCCGUCCCCUCCCCUGCACCACACGCCCUCCCCGGGGCGCGACACUCCCUCCCCUACCGUGCCUGCUGAGCUAUGCCGUAGACUACCUUGGGGCGGCUGUGGUGGACGGACGCGCCAGCAGCCUGGGAGCACUGCAGGAGCCCCUGCGGGACCUGUACUACCAGUACCGCGCCGCUGUGGCGCGAGGGGAGGCGCGGCCCGGGGCGGGGCACCUGCACAUCACGGCGGAGGGCCUGGCGGUGACGCGGGAGGAUGGCCGCCGUCUGCUGGCCAACCCCUUCCCCACCAUCGCGGUGUGGGCGGCAGUCAAGCUUGUGACGCGCCGCACACAGGGGGGCGCCGCGCCCGUCACGCACCCCUACCACUACGCCUUCCUGCCGCUCAUCAGCGAUCCCGAAGCGCAGGACAAGGGCGAGCUGUUCCACCCUCUGAGAGUGCCGCAGCCCACCCUGCUGGCCAGCCGCGCCCACCACCCGCCCAUGCUGGCUUGCGUUAUGCGCCGCGUGGGUGUGCCGCGCCUGCUGGAAUGCCACGCCUUCGUGUGCCGCUCGGCCGAGGACGCCAUCGUGAUCGCUGCCAACCUGUACCAGGCGCUGCUGCGCGGUAUGGGCGGUAGCAGCCCGCCCUCACGCCCGCCCUCUGACCCGCCCUCAGACACAUACAGCGACAUGCCGCAGGACGACUCCCGCGCAGUGUUCAGCGACAGCGAGGCCGUGCCCGUGCGGCCGCCGCGCCGGAAACGCGCCUCACGGGCCUCGCGGCGCGGCGCUCCGUCAGGCAGCCUGCGCCGCGCCACCAGCGAGGACAUGCUGGGCGGCGGGCGCUACCAGCGCGCCAGCCAGCGUGCCAGCCAGCGGCGACUGCGGCGGUCAGGUCAGCGAGCGAGAUGGGCUGGGCGUGGGUGCAGGCGCCGUGGUGGGCAGCGGGGACGUGUACACCAGGGUGGCGCUGCCACGCUCCCGCUCCUUCAUGAGGUGAGUGACAAGUACUGCCUGACGGAGCUCGUGCCAGAGUCGGCGCGGGGCAAGGCAGCAGACGAGGUGCUGCGGCAGGUGGUGACGCCGCGCGGUAUGUCCUUCAGCGAGAUGGAGCCCGGCCAGCGCGAGGCCCUGCUCAGCCUGGCUCUCACCAUGUCUCGCGACGAGAUGUACCAGCGCUCAAAAACAUCCCUGCGCCAGCAGACUCGUGGCAGCAGCAGCGGCGGCGGUGGCACGCUGUCUGAGGGCGAGUGGUCGUCCUCCACGCUGGGCUCGGUGCUCAAAGCCACCAAAACGCUCCCUUCUCACGCCUGGGCUCACGCGCCUCCACGCUGCAGUCCACCCUACCUCAGGGACAAGAAGCUGCCGCUGCGCCGCCUGAUGGUGCCCGCCAAGGGCCGCCACGCCCCCAGCCAGGGUCGGUUCGCGCAACGGCGUCCCCAAGACGCCCAUGCCCGGCGCGGUACGUCGCGCUCCGGCGGCGACCAGUCCUGUAGCGAGUGUGGUUACGACAGCGAGUGUUCCAGCAAAUGUUACUGUUCGUUGCCCCGCAGAGGCGCGCCCACUGGCAAGGGCGCCAACGACAGUGGCGGCAGCGGUGGCUGCAGGAGUGUGGGAGGCAACAGCAGCGGCGGGCCGCAGCUGACUUGCGAGUGUGACACGGAGAGCUGCGCGGAGAGUGAGAAGUGCUACUGCUCCCUGCGCAGGGUGCGACACGACGGCCUACGUCUUUACGCCAUCGAUCUGGACUCCGAGGACGGACGCGGCCAGCGUGGCGGCGCCCCCCCCGCAGCCACGACUCGCCGCCCAGCCUGUGCAACGGUAGGAGUGACUCCCGCGCCGCUUCCUGGAGCUCCUCGCCGGGCACCGCCACGCCGCACCGCCACUCUCCCCUCCUCAGGGCGCUCCACGGACUCAGAGACGCCGCGCCGCGCUCCGCCUCCGCCACUCAUAUCUCCCAGGCGGCGGCGGCGGCACCUCUCCGGCUCGCUGGGGUCGAGGGGCUCGCGUGGGUCCAUCCAGGGGGUCAUCGCGGGGGGUCUUCGCAGGGGUCGGCCCAGCAAGAUCCUGCUGGUGUCCGCGGUGGACCCAAGCGGCCGCGUGGUGUACCGCGGCGCGUCGCAGCGGCAGCAGCACCACCGCCAGGAGGGAGACACCGCCUCCAUCCUGUCCAUGAAGAAGACGGCGGAGAUCGCGGCGCUGUUCUCGGAGCUCAAGCUGAGUCAGACCACCGACCUAUUGCAGCCCGACCACCACCACCACCACCACCACCUGCACCGCCAGGACGCCCGCCGCGACCACGACCAAGACAGCGACGACCACCACAACGACGACGACGACUUACUCCACCAUGGCCGCUAACAACUCCUUCCUCUUCUCUGACAACAUUGAGACCUCCCUCGGCUAUCUCCCCUAGGACCCCCCUUCCCUUCCCUAGUCCCCUCCCCUAUCCCCCUCCCCUAGGCCCCCUCCCCAACACCCCCAACACACCUAUUCCCUCCGUCCUCCCACAAAGCUUCUUAGUUUUCCCAGGUAAUUUGUACAACACCUGGCGAGCGUGGCCACUGUUCUCCUCCUCCUCCUCCUCCUCCUCCUCUUCCUCUGAACACACACAUUGACUCAUCACCACUACCACCAUCAUCACAAUUUCUCAGCUUAAUAUACACGCAAAAAAAAAAAAAAAAAAAGCCACAAAAAAGUAGCCUCAUUUCGAAUAUGAAUUUUCUCUUCCUCUCAAAAUUUUGUGAGUGAAUAAGAAAAGAUUUUGUAAGUUACUCGUUAUGCGAUAUUACUUUCUCU